AUGGACAUCAAUAUCUCUAAUUUGACUGACGCGCACUUGUCGUUGUCGUGUUUAACUUCCCUCUCUCCGACAGCUUCAUCGCAGCCCUGCGAUUAUGUUUCACGUUAUAUCGUAGUCAAAAAUUCAUGGAGAGGAAAGUAUACCCGGGUAUUCUGCAUUGGAGCUAAUGGUAUCACUACCACCCAUCCUCAGACGUUAUUUCAGGUCACCAAUGACUUUCCGUAUUUAACAGGAUUCAUAAACAUCUCCCCCGAUCCCGAUUCAACCGUCCAGUUCAGUAUUUUUGUCAAAACGACGCCAAAUGCCUCAGUGAGCAAGAUGAGCUUUACUUGCACAUCCAAGGAGGAUCGGGCGGAUUUGCUGACGGACGUUGAGCGAUUUCGCGAGAAGUUCGACCCGACGCACGCGCGCCAGUUGGCGUCCUGCACCUUCGCGGCCCAGAAGUACCGCGCGGACCACCUCUACCACCCCAUCAACCUGCGCGUGAACAGCUUCGCGGUGGAGCAGCUCUCCCUCUCCACCGGCGCCGUCCUCGGCGCGUACGUCUUCACACAGAUCACCGGCCUGGGUUCCAUCCAGGGCGACCCCCACACCCUCGUGAUGGUCACAGGCGGGAAGGGGGCGAGGCGGCUGCACCGCUUUCAGGGCCCCGCCCUCCAGGUCCUGGCCGACCGCCUCACCCUGCACACCUCGCGCUUCAUCGGCCUUCCCCCCCCCUUCCCCCUCGGGGCCUUCUCCCCGGCCGAGUUCGACGCCACGCGGCUCGGCAUUAGGACGGACGCCCUCGAGCCCGCCGUGGACUUCCGCGUCUCGAAGCUGAGCCGGCGCCACCCCGGCAUCCCCCUCUACCGCCUCCUCGGCACCACUCCCCAGGGCCUGCUGGUGGAGCGGGACACGGGGAGCUACGACUGCCGCAGCGCGCGCCCGCUGGCGAGCGUCCUCGCCCUCCUUCGGUUCCCCACGAUGGAGCAGCUCCUCGGGGUUGUCUUUGCGGCGCCCGACACCGUCAAGAUCUACUCCUGCCCACUCCGGGAUAGCCUCCUCGCGCACCUCCUCGAGGCCUGCCGGGCAGCCGGGAAUACCCGCGUGUGCGUGCGGAGGGACGGGGUGGAUCGCGGGAGGCGUUUCGUCCCGCUCUGCAUGGCCGUCCCGGAGGAAAUCGAGAAAAUACUGCUCAUCUAUCUGAAUGAGCCCGAUAAAAUCAACAACUCCAGCUCGGCGCUUUUGACCGCUGUCGAGUUCUUCAACGCGAAUAUCGACUACAACGGCCUCAGCUGGAGUGAGAAUAAGGAUAGUGUAUUUAGCGAAAAUCGUGAAAAGCUUAUUUUUCAAGCCGUCAAGUCCCUUCUCUGUCGUUUUCCCCAUACUUCCGUUUCGGUGGAGUUGGAGCAGCUCUUUCACGCGCUUCGGAGGCUUACCUUAUCGAAAGCGGGGUUCGGCGUGAUUGCCCUGGUGCCAACGCUCGCUAAAGAAGUCGAAAAGCGCGUCGAGCACGCUCUCCAGCUUCAAGAUGCCUCACUGACCCACAGCGUCUUGGAGUUUCUCAACACCCUCAUGACGCCUCAUCAUAACAACUACGAAAUCAAGCACGAAAUGAUUAACAAAAACCGCAUUAUGGGCUCGGAAAGCUUUUCCGACGCUCUAAUUCUUUUGCUUAAAAAAAGCAUUCACAGUGAGGGCCCUUCCUUAGUGGUGCUCAGUCUUUUGAACUUUUUCGAGUAUCUACUUUGCCCACCCUACAGUGAAACCACCGACCCAGGAAUUUUCGAGUUGAACAUGUGCAAAAUGGUGCGGUUUGUUGGUAAAGGCUUAUUUGAUCUUCUUGCACACCCGUGCGAUACGAUUCGUUACGCAGCCGGACGGCUUAUUAGGGUGAGUAUGGAAGAAGGUAAUGAUGCGAAUUUUGAAUUCAUGCAGGAGGCCUCUCUCUCAGAGGGUGGUUUUCUGCAUGAGUUUAACGUCGCUGCCUUUGGCCAAAACCGGCGGUCGCGCGAUCUGGCGCGGCGGUUAUUGGGUUAUUGGGCCUUUAAAAAUACCCCGAUGCAGGAUUUACUCCGUCGUAUGAUUCCUGUUACACUGCUGCGAUUCCUGCAGUCUUCUGAGGAGCCGCCACAGGAUGAGAUGGAGUUGGUGCCACAGAAAGAAGUCCAUCCGAUGACAGACGCCUACCGGGAGGCGAAAAGCGGGUUCUUCCAGCGGUCUUUUUACCCUCAAAACGGAGGUACAUGCGCUGGAGGCGCUAUGGCAAUUGACAGCGGGGCCGAAAACGGAAGCCAAAUGCGAUUGCGUUCUCGCUCUGUACGGCCGAGCACAGGGCUCAACUGGACGCUGUUCUUUUAUCAAAUCAAGCAGAACCACAUGCGCCCGGAUCUUAUUUGGAAUCAAACAACACGAAACGAGCUCAGCAAUGCGAUUGAGGCGGAGCUGACGGCUUUUUGCUCAGGUCAUAGCUUUCACAGCAAGCAAGCGGUAGCGUGGAACCACCAAGAGUUCGAGGUGGUCUACCACUCCCUCGCGGAGGAGGUAAAGAUUGGCCAGCACUACCCUCGUUUGCUCUUUGAAAACCCCAACUCGAUUAUCGCGCGGCCGAAGGAGUUUUUUGAUGAUCUUUACCACCAUUUCCUUCUUGAGGAAAGGCUCCCGGAGAAGCUCGAGGCCCUCCGCGGCAUGGCGCAGCUGUACAAGCUCCACGAGAUGGCGAUUGGGGGGCUGUCUGAUUUCUCUCACUUCGUGCGCAUUCUCCGCUCGACGACCGAGCCGUUAUUUCGAGAUCGGCUCCUGCUUUUCUUUAGUGAGGCCCUCAAGGCGAGGCAUAACGUCAAGCUCUUCCUCGACGCCGAUGGGCUAGAGUCGUUGGUCGAGUUGGUCACCUUGGCGAAUCUCGAUUUUGACCGCCCGCCGAUGCGCACCGCCACGAACGCGAUUGCGCCCGGUAACUCGAUGGAAGCGCCUCGGGGGAAGGAAAAGGAGUGGUACUACGAGAAAGGCAGAUCAAAAUCAGAGCUGGUAUCCUUUCUUAGGCUUAGCGAACUCUACGUGAUGGGUGAAAUACAAGAUACGACGAGGGUGUGGGCGCAGGGGAUGUCUGAAUGGAAGCAACUUCGGGAGGUUCCCCAGCUACGUUGGGGGAUACUCUGCGAGGAGAUGCCAUCUAUCCUCAGCUAUACAGCGGUAACCUGUACCGUCUUGGAUAUUUUUCAGUAUAUUUGCGAUCAAUACCCAUCACGCAAUUCAAGCGGUGCUAUUAUGCAGCCUCUUCCAAGAGUGAAGCGCUUUCUUAGUAGUACGACCGUCCUGCCGUAUAUCGUGCAGUUAUUGCUCACUUUUGACUCCGCGGUGUGCGAGCGGGUAAAUAGGCUUCUCUACAGUAUCAUGGAGGAUAAUCCACUCAUGAGUUAUCUUUUCUUUACAGGGUACUAUUACUUCUCGCUUGUCUACACCGCCUCCGACGUGCUGCCGUUUUCUCGCAUGUUAGACCUCACCCAUCACCAUCAAUCCAUUGUGUAUCACGUGAACAGCGGCGCGGUGACGCAAAAGAGCGUCCUCGCACCACUGCUACCUCAGGCGAUGGUGUGUUUUCUGGAGAACCACGGCCCCGAGCGUUUCGCCGAGGUCUUUCUUGGCGAAUACGAAACUCCCGAAAUCAUCUGGGGGGAAAGCAUGCGCUUGCAUCUGGCGUGCAAGAUCACGGCCCACAUCGCCGACUUCCUCCCACGUCUUUUUAGCAAUAACACCUUGGUCUAUGAGUACUGCCCAAUUGGCAACAUUAUGUAUCAACAGCUGGGGCAGGAGCUUUUCUGCACCAAUUACUAUCUACGUCAUCUGUGCGAUACGCAGCGGUAUCACAAUUGGCCUAUUCGUGAUCACGUUGCCUUUUUGCGCGAUCUUCUGACUGCCUGGCGGGAUGAGCUCAAUAAAAAGCAGUGCAGUCUCUCUCGUGAAGCAUGUCUGAACACGUUGGAGCUGGCGCCGUCCGGCGAGACAGUGAUACCGCCGAAGAUUCGCAAGGCCUUCUUUGAACUCUCUAUGCGCUAUCAUCCUGACAAGAACCCCAAUGGCCAGGAGCGAUUUCAAGCGAUACACGAAGCUUAUACAUUUCUCAUGAAUGAUACCGCGUAUUCUGACAAGCCGGAUCCACAUAAUAUCAACCUUAUUCUGCAAUCACAGUGCAUCCUCUUCAAGCGGUGCGCGGAAAACCUCAAAACGUACAAAUACGCUGGAUAUGAGCUCCUGUUUAAGUUGCUUCGAACCGAACUGGACGAUUGUGAGAUGCUGCGGAAGCCCGUACUUCUCGUCCUGUCCGCCAUCGAGCUUUGCCGCCUUACGGUCGAGAACGCCCCACUCAACGCGGACGAGCUGCGAGCGGAGGGCGGGAUUCCACUCCUCGGCGAGCUCACCUCCCGCUGCUUUGACUUCAUCACCCCCAACGCCAGGCCGGAUGCGGUUCACGUGAGGGCUGCCGUGCACUGCAUGUGGACCUUCGCCGCCGUUGCGCAGUUUGAGGACUGUCAGCGCGGGAUUCGCGAGGUUUCCGGCCUUUCAGAACUCACAGCGAAAGGCGUGACGUACGAAAACGUCCUCGAGCUCUCACGCGCGUGUAUUCAGGCGUGUGAGGCGCAGUGCCGGGAUCCCGAGCUGCAGUCGCGGCUGAUUACGGCGGGGGCGCCCUGGUAUCUGUUAAGAAUUCUGCUUUGGUACGAUCCAACGUUGGAGCGUGCGGGGGUGGAGCUGGAGGAGUCCCACCAUAUUCAACUUUCCAGAAAUCACAUGGCGGUGUUGGCGAUGAGGGUGCUCUGCGCUCUUGCGGGAUACGCACCGGAUACCAGCUAUUUCGCUACGAAGCCCGACGACGCGGUACGUCGUCUUCUAACGCGACUGCUACCACCCUAUCUUCUUAAUAUCAUUACUACUGUACCUGGUCGAGAAAUUGAGGUGAUUUCUUAUCUAAAUGAACAUUCCGAGAAUCCUCAGUUCUACUGGAAUCACACCUGUCGUGCGGAGCUGGAGGAGUUGCUGGAGGAAAAUUCCAACCGCUGCCUUAGAGGGGAAAUAUCAGGGUAUGACGCGAUAUCAUUGCUGUGUGAUGGGGACUUUUCCUACACGCUGCACAAAAAUGAAAUCCAGGUAGGGGGUAUCUUCCUGCGCAUAUACAAAGCCCAACCAGAGUUCUACAUUGAGGACCACGUCGCUUUCUUCUCCGCGCUUAUCACAGACCUCAAGGCUUGCCUAUUUAACACUGCUUCGUUAUCACGUCUUUCACUCAUCGUAACGUCAUUAAAAUACUUUCUUCAAGGCCACUUCCACAAAAUUGAAAAAAUUUCAGAGCAGCACGUCGUUGUGCUGGUCGAGCUGCUUGACAUUUCAUUCCACGCCGAGAUACUCUUACCAGCCUUGAAUCUUCUUGAGCACUUGAUGGAUUUGGAAUAUUUUACAGAGUCGAUCUGCAGGGUGCGUUUUGUAAUUUCUCGACUGACAAUUCUGCUAGGCAGCCCUGCCGAGGUUGAGGUUCACAAAUCAUCUUUGCAAUUUUUAAUGCGGCUGCUUGCCUAUCGGCCUAUGGUACAAGACGUUAUGGAUUGUGGAAUGUAUCUGGUUCUUUUGCUACAGUACGCAACCAGUAGCGCCAAGGAAAUUCGAGAGAUGAGUUGUGUGUGCCUUGGAAAGGCUCUUUGUAAUAAGCUCGUCGGGCCUAAACUGUACCUGAUCUGCGCGCAGUACCUCCCUCAAAUUUUUAUCGAUGUUAUUAAGGACACUAAUCCCGCACAAGCAUGCACGAUGCUAGACGCACGAGAGCAGACGCCGGAGCUUAUUUGGAACGAGGAUCGGCGGGAGCGAUUCGUGCAGCGGGUGUCGAUGCUCCGGGAUUACAUCGUGCGCAUGCUUACGCAGGAUCUCCUGCGGACGUGGAGACCUCCAAUUGAAUUAGACGUUGCAGAGAAAACACAGGCAGAGGAGAUUCAGGUGGGUGGGGUCUUUCUUGCGUUGUACGUGCAGAGCCCGAUGUGGCAAGUUCGAAAGCCAAAAGAAUUUCUUCUAGCGCUUUUGGACCGUUAUGUGGAAGUUGGCCAACGGGCGCAGGGCGUUUCCGAUCUUUCGCCGGAUAGUGCCCAUCUUCUUGAGCUGCUCACACAGUCCGGUAUGCAUCUCCUCAGCUCCUCCAACGAUCUGAAAUACUACUGCUCAAGCCUAGGGUACAUACACAAAUUGGUGUCGUUCUUGACCUCUCCCUCUGAAGUUCUGGCGACGUCGGCCUUGAGAUGGCUGAACGAGUUGUGGACGUCGACGGAGUGUUUGGAGGCAACAAUGCCAGUGGAUGCGAUCGGCCCGCUGCUGAAGCUCAGCGCGCAGCACCCCGCCGCCGAGCCGCUCUUUCUCGAUGCCCUUGCGAGGUACAUCACUUCCUCGUCGCCGCGCUUUGGCGUUCUUGCGCUGGCAGCGCGGUACGACUUAGUGGGGAGGCUUUUACAGCAGCUCAAGGACGGCGAGACGACGGGAAAUGAAUCGCAGGAGACCCCAGCGGCGACUCGCGCGCGUAUCACUAAGGUUAUCAAGGCGAUGGUAAACCUCCGCGAUCCGAUCUACGGGGCUGAUGUCGAGAAUGAGCUGCGGCAGAGCCCGGUCUGGGGGAAGUACAAGGACCAAAGCCACGACCUAUUUCUCCCCUCCACGCACUCAGAUGGGAAGGCAGGGGGACGCCUAAUUGGUAGCGUUUCUGGGGCCUCUACGUUGCCCUCCCAACAUCAAACUGCCGCUGAAGCACUCUCAUUGACCUUUUCGGCUCAAGAGCAAAGAAACCGAGCGACAGAGCCUCCGCCGCUUGCUAAAGGCAAAUAG